GACGCCCGGCGUUGGGAGAGGGACUCGACUCUAUGGCCGGAGCGCUCCAGCAGCCUAGAGAGGCCCGGCCCGAGAAGCCUCCUGGGAAGAUGGCGGCGCCCAGCGUUGGGCGAGGGACCCGACUCUAUGGUCGGAGCAUUCCAGCAGCCUAGAGAGGCCCGGCCCGAGAAGCCUCCUGGGAAGAUGGCGGCGCCCAGCGUUGGGCGAGGGACCCGACUCUAUGGCCGGAGCAUUCCAGCAGCCUAGAGAGGCCCGGCCCGAGAUGCCUCCUGGGAAAAUGGCGACGCCCAGCGUUGGGGGUGGGACUCGACUCUAUGGUCGGAGCGCUCCAGCAGCCUAGAGAGGCCCAGGCCGGGAAGCCUCCUGGGAAGAUGGCGGCCCCCGGCGCCUCACGUGGCGCUGUACUGAAGACCCCGACGUGAGGGUCGCCUGGACUCUCCUGCGCCCACCUCUGACCCCUGACCUUUGACCCCUGACCCCCCGCCAUGGAGGGAGCGAGCCGAGGACUGAACUUCGCCGAGCGGCAGCUGCAACGCCACGGCUGGACCCCAGGGAAGGGCCUGGGCCGGCGAGAAGAUGGGAUCGCGACGGCCAUCAGAGUCAAGAUGAAGCAGGACAGUGCCGGGGUGGGCCACGACCCCGCCGAGCAGUUCACCAACCACUGGUGGAGUCACCUGUUCAACCGGACGGCGGCCAAGAUCGUGGUGGAGACGGGCCAGGAUGGCGUGCGGAUGAAGACCAAAGAGGACACCUCCGCCAGCCGUUCCCGCAAGGCCCCUCCUCUGCUGUACGGCCACUUCAUCAAGAGUGCCACGCUCACGGCCGGCGGGGAGCGGCCGGAGGAGAAGCCGCGGGACGGCGAUGCCGGCGAGGACGCGGGCAAGAUGGUCCCUGCUGCUGGGCUGACCGACGAGGAGCUAGUCCGAGCGUGCGGAGGCCGCACGGCCCACAAGGGAGCCCGCCACGGUCUCACCAUGAGCGCCAAGCUGGCCCGGCUGGAGGAGCAGGAGCGGGCAUUCCUGGCUCGGCACGGGCAGGCAGCCGCCCCCGGCCCCCCAGCUCUACCCCCGGGGGACGGAACUGCGACGGCGGGCUUGGAAGACGACGGGGACUCGCGCAAGAGGAAGAAGAGAAAGAAAAAGAGGGAGGAGGAUGAGGAGCCCGAGGCUCGGGAGACGCAAGAGUGUGGAGACAGCCAGGGAGUAAAGAAGAAGAAGAAGAAAAAAAAGAAGAAGAAAGAGAGGAUGGAGGAGGAACUGGAGGAGGAGGAGGAGAUUAGGGAGAAUUUAGACGUGGCCCGAAGGAAAAAAAGGAAGAAAACAAAAUCCUGAAGGGGCUGGGAGGGAGACCCCUCCCCGCCAUCAGCGGAGUGGGGACAGAUGGACAGGCAGAAAGCAGCGAACACCACCCUGCCUGGGAGGGGACCACUGCGGGCACCUUGGAAGUCAGGGUGCCCCAUUCAUCCCUCCAUCCAUCCUGGCGCCUUUUUGCAAGAUAGUUCAACCAGUGCUGUGGAUUUUUUUUUUAUAAUGGUGUUUAUUAAGCGCUUGCUACAUGCAAAGCACUGUUCUAAGUGCUGGAGCGUUCUUUUGGGGGGCCGGUGGCGGGCUCUGGGAGUCAGAAGGACCCCUCGUCUCCUCCUUUUAGACCGUGAGCCCACUGUUGGGUAGGGACCGUCU